GAGGUCGCUGCUUGCAUGGAGCUGGUGAUUUUCCACUCAAACUCAUUAAGGCAAGCGACUCCAACGACCGUCAAUUGUCUUAAUUGUUUCAAUCAACGUUGACCGUGACAAACGCGACGAGGAGCGAGCGGACAGCCGAGGGGCGGGCCCUGCCGUCAGCUCCACUUGUAGUGACCCGAGCUGGCAUAAAUGCACUCGGUACAGAGGAAUGGUGACAGCUGACAACGACAAACUCUUGACAUUGUUGCAGCCAUGAAGGAAAUCAUGGCCCAAAAAGAGAAGCUUCAAUGCCUGAAGGACUUCCACAAGGACACGCUAAAACCCUCACCGGGGAAGAGCCCAGGCACGCGGCCCGAAGACGAGGCCGAAGGCAAGGCGCCACAGAGGGAGAAAUGGGCCAGCAAGCUCGACUUUGUCUUGUCCGUAGCCGGAGGCUUCGUCGGAUUAGGAAAUGUCUGGCGUUUCCCUUACCUUUGUUAUAAGAAUGGUGGAGGUGCAUUCCUCAUCCCUUACUUCAUCUUCCUCUUUGGGGGAGGCCUGCCCGUCUUCUUCCUGGAAGUGGCGCUGGGCCAGUACACCUCUGAAGGAGGGAUCACCUGCUGGGCCAAACUCUGCCCCAUAUUCACAGGUAUUGGCUAUGCCUCAAUUGUGAUAGUCUCCCUGCUGAAUAUCUACUACAUAGUGAUCUUGGCCUGGGGACUCUACUACCUAUUUCAGUGCUUUCAGCCUGAGCUCCCCUGGGCCAAAUGCAAGCAGCCGUGGAACACAGAACACUGUGUGGAGGAUACGGUUCGAAAGAACAAGUCCCUUUGGCUGGCAGCCAACGUUACCAACUUUACCUCCCCUGUGACGGAAUUCUGGGAACGCAACGUCCUGAGCAUCUCCUCUGGGAUCGAAGACGUUGGGCCCCUCAAGUGGGAUCUGGCCCUUUGUCUGUUAGCAGUGUGGGUUAUCUGCUUCUUCUGCAUCUGGAAGGGAGUCAAGUCCACUGGGAAAGUCGUGUACAUAACAGCAACUUUCCCAUUUGUGAUGCUGAUUGUGCUGCUCGUACGAGGCGUGACCCUGCCGGGGGCAUCGGAGGGCAUCAAAUUCUACCUUUACCCUGACCUGACUCGCCUGCAGGACCCAGAGGUGUGGAUUGACGCGGGUACCCAGAUUUUCUUCUCCUACGCCAUUUGUUUGGGGGCCAUGACAUCACUGGGGAGCUACAACAAAUACAAAUACAACUGCUACAGGGACUGUUUGCUGCUGGGAGUCCUCAACAGCGGUACCAGCUUUGUGUCUGGCUUCGCAAUAUUUUCCGUCCUGGGCUUCAUGGCACAAGAACAAGGGGUGGACAUUGCCGAUGUGGCAGAGUCAGGUCCCGGCUUGGCCUUCAUCGCUUACCCUAAAGCAGUGUCCAUGAUGCCGUUGCCAACUUUCUGGGCCAUCCUCUUCUUUAUCAUGCUGCUGCUACUUGGUCUUGACAGCCAGUUUGUUGAAGUGGAAGGACAGGUUACUUCCAUUGUGGAUCUGUAUCCGUCCCUCCUCAGAAAGGGCUACCGGCGAGAAAUCUUCAUCGCCAUCAUGUGUUUCAUGAGCUAUCUCCUGGGACUCGCCAUGGUAACCAAGGGUGGCAUGUACGUCUUUCAACUCUUUGACUUCUAUGCAGCCAGCGGUGUGUGCCUCUUGUGGGUUGCAUUCUUUGAAUGCAUUGCUGUAGCCUGGGUUUAUGGAGUUGAUAAUUUCUAUGAUGGAGUUGAGGAUAUGAUUGGCUACAGACCAAACCCGUGGAUGAAAUGGAGCUGGACCAUCAUCACACCGGUCCUCUGCAUGGGCUGUUUUGUCUUCUCCCUGGUCAAGUACAAGCCUUUGACCUACAACAAAGUGUAUGAAUACCCCGACUGGGCCAUCGGCCUGGGCUGGUGCUUGGCCUUGGCCUCCAUGAUCUGCAUCCCCAUGGUGAUGGUCAUCAAGAUCUUGCAGUCUGAGGGACCCCUCAUUGAACGGAUCAAAGCGGUGGCAGCGCCGGCGAAGUCGGGCGUGAGCUCCCGGCCCAAAGAGUACAUGGCGAAGGGCAGCGAGCUGACGCAGCCCCUGGACCCCAACGGGAACAACGGCUUGAUCAAGCCCACCCACACCAUUGUAGAAACAACCAUGUGAGCGCUCUCUGUGAGAGGAAUAAGAUUGAUGUGCUUUCUGUGUACUUAUCGUAUUUGCUAACGUUGGUAGGUUUACAACGACCCGCGUAUUCACCUUUAGAGAUUCUGUAGUUUAUCUAUGAGGAGACGUAUAUCAAUGUGAUUUGCUCUAUUUUUUACCGUAUCGAUAUUGUAAAUGUUUCAACUGUUGUUGCAGUAGUUGGCACUGAUCGUAGGCAGUACAGUAUUUUAUCAUAGAUCAUGUUCAAUGUUUACUACCUUUCUUCUUGUUGAUUCCGGAGAGAUAAGGAAUUUUUUGGGUCGGACAAAGAAUGAGCAAUGAAAUUCCCACUUCUCUUAAAUUCAGCAAACUUAACAUGUUUAAAAAGGUAGGCGAACACCUGAGAUGACUGCAGCUGCUUUGUUACUGAGCUAAUUUUUCCAGUUUAUCUGAAUCUGAAUAACAAACUCUCUCUCGUCUAUAGGUGAUUGUGAGCACAAAUCUGUUAGGCACAGUUAAACAUGCAGCAUUUACACUGCAGGACCUUGCUUUUAUUUCAAGGCCUUGGCCAAAUCCAGUGAUAAGCACGGUCAUAUUAAGGUUCAUAAAAAUAAUAAUAAAAAAAAAACCCUAAUAUGAUCAAAAUCACAACCAUGAAAAAUAAGUGACAUUUUAGAGUAUCUGUACACUGCUUGUUGUGACUGCUAAAUUCAGUCCCAGUGCAUUGUUUUGGAACCCUCUUUGCACUUUAUUGCUGUUUCACCUUUGUUGUAGAGUUUGAUUUUAUUGUUGUAAUGUGUUGCAACUGUGUGUAGAACACGCUUCAGCGGGAUAUAUUUUACCACAAGUUUUAGAAUGUGUAGGAAUCGAAAAUAAUACAGCUGGAUUUAUACAUAAUCUGUAUAUAAUGCAAGUAGAACUUAUUUUUUUUUUCAACAUCUUGACAGCUCUAUUGUUCAUUUCAACAGCAGAUGUGGUUAUUUUUAGUUUUUAACAUUGAUUUGAACCAGUUGUAUAGUAGAAUUGCAAUUGUUUGUAAAUCACAUAUGCCUUUUGUAACAAUUUUGUACAUCAUACAAAAACCAUGACUGAUUCUUUUAGUGACUACUCAGAAAUGUGUUUUAAUUACAAUAGUCAGUGUAGUAAUGGCAACUUGCUAAUGUUCAAUGUUAUGAAUUAUUUGGACUCAAAUGCAAUAAUGUAUUCACAAAAGCAACAACUCUUAACAGCUUUGUCCACUAAAAAUCUAAAUGUACCAAAGUAUGUUUGUGACUCACAUUUGUCUCCGUUUAGAUGCACAUUGCAUCAUUCAUUUCCACAUAGAGUACAAAUAAACACUUUCUUGAAAA